CCCGAGUGCAGCGUCAGGUCCUCCCGCCCGCCCGCCGCUCCGGCCCCGAUCAGUCCAGCUCAGCUCAGCCCAGCCCGUCCCCAUGGCUCCCCCUCUCGCCGCCGACGCCUGCUACAAGGCCCUGGCCGACUGGCACAAGCAGCACAGCUCCUCUCUCAACUUGCGGAAGCUGUUCGAAGCCGAGCCCGACCGAUUCUGCCACUUCAGUCUGACACUCAACACUGUCGAUGGUGAUCUGCUGCUCGAUUAUUCCAAGAACCUCGUCACAGAGGAGGUGAUGAAGCUGCUGGUCAACCUGGCAAAGUCCCGGGGCGUGGAGGAGGCAAGGAAACGCAUGUUCUCUGGAGAGAAGAUCAACUUCACGGAGAACCGGGCUGUCCUCCACGUCGCUCUGAGGAAUCAGCCGGAUAUUCCGAUCCAGGUCGACGGCAAGGACGUGAUGCCAGAGGUGAAGGCUGUGCUGGAGAAGAUGAAGGCAUUCUGCCAGAGGGUGAGGAGUGGAGACUGGAAGGGAUUUACUGGCAAAGCCAUCACAGACAUCGUCAACAUUGGGAUCGGAGGAUCAGACCUGGGGCCACUGAUGGUCACUGAGGCACUGAAGCCGUACUCCAAGGGUGGUCCGAAGGCCUGGUUUGUCUCCAACAUCGACGGCACCCACAUGGCGAAGACCCUGGCUGAGCUGAACCCUGAGACCACGCUCUUCAUCAUUGCCUCCAAGACGUUCACCACCCAGGAGACGAUCACCAACGCUGAAUCUGCUAAAGAGUGGUUCCUGCAGGCGGCCAAGGACCCUGCUGCCGUUGCCAAGCACUUCGUCGCCCUGUCGACCAAUGCGAGCAAGGUGAAGGCGUUUGGAAUCGACCCCAACAACAUGUUUGAGUUCUGGGAUUGGGUUGGCGGACGCUACUCCCUCUGGUCAGCCAUCGGACUCUCCAUCGCCCUGCACAUCGGUUUUGAGAACUUCUCCCAGCUGUUGAAUGGAGCCCACUGGAUGGACAAACACUUCCAGUCGUCCCCACUGGAACGAAACGCUCCUGUCCUGCUGGCUUUGCUGGGCAUUUGGUACAUCAACUUCUACAACACGGAGACCCACGCUCUGCUGCCCUACGACCAGUACAUGCAUCGCUUUGCCGCCUACUUUCAACAGGGCGACAUGGAGUCCAAUGGCAAGUACGUCACCAGCGCAGGGACCCGGGUGAACUACCAGACCGGGCCUAUCGUGUGGGGGGAGCCUGGAACCAACGGACAGCAUGCUUUCUACCAGCUCAUCCACCAGGGAACACGGAUGAUUCCUGCUGACUUCCUCAUCCCAGUGCAGACCCAGCAUCCAAUCAGGAAGGGACUGCAUCACACGAUCCUGCUGGCAAAUUUCCUGGCACAGACGGAGGCGCUGAUGAAGGGGAAGACGACGGCGGAGGCUCGGAAGGAGCUGCAGGCGGCUGGCCUGGGCUCAGAUGCUUUGGAGAAACUGCUGCCCCACAAGGUUUUUGAGGGGAAUCGUCCCACCAACUCCAUUGUCUUUAAGAAACUGACUCCGUUCAUGCUGGGGGCCCUGAUCGCCAUGUACGAACACAAGAUCUUCGUCCAGGGAGUCGUCUGGGACAUCAACAGCUAUGACCAGUGGGGUGUGGAGCUGGGCAAACAGUUGGCCAAGGCGAUCGAGCCUGAGCUUGUCACCCCUGACCCUGUGACCUCACAUGACAGUUCCACCAAUGGGCUCAUCAACUUCAUCAAGAAGAACCGCGCCUGAACUCGGACCCAUGGAGAAACCCGUAGAUCAGCCGAGAACACGUCCCGGCUGUGCAAUGGACCUGUGAACGGUGUGGGCCCCUGUGUUUAACCCCCCCUCACCCCCCAUCGAGUGUCCCAAAUUGCUACACCUCGCCCCUUUGGUGUUCUUGGUGACUGUUCCACUGUGAGACAGUAACCUGUUGUAGUGAGGUUACAGGUGGGUCAGGCUGACUGUCAUCUGUCUGUGUGUUCACUUAGAGCCAGCUUCUAACCCUGGGACAUGGACUCCAUGUAGCAACUGGAGAAAGUUUAAAAUAAAACUUCACAUCUCUG